AUGAAGGCCUUGUGUUCCCUCGAAAAUACCCGAACGCCCACGCAGGGAAGCGCACCCGGUGCCGGCCCGACCUCCUUCCUGUUUUGGGACCGGUCACUUCUUCUCAAUCCAUUCUCCCUCCUCUUCUACCCAGGCAUCCCCACGCUCGCUACUCUAUACCACUUGACCUCCUUUACCUAUAGUAUAAUCCGACCUCGUUCGCUCGUUUUCGCGCUCGAGAUGUUUCGUCCCCUCACCUCCGCCAUCUUCCUCGUCAUCAAUUGGAUUAUCUUCGCCUUGAGCAGGCUGCUAUAUCGUAUCCGAGGCCACGACUCGCGGCAGAUUAUCAGACACCGUGCUUUCAGACACCAUCCGGAGCCCAACAUCAUUCUCGAGGCCCCGGAGUGCGGCCACUCCGGCUCCCAUCUACUUCCAAAUCACACCUGCCUAGACGAUGGCAAGAUCGGCAAGAUCCCGGAGCUCCGAUGGAGGCCACCAGCCCACCUCGACGUCAAGCAAUAUGUUCUGAUCUGUGAGGAUCUCGAUGCACCUAUACCAUUCUCUAUCAUCAACCACGGCCUCUUCUUCGGUAUCCCACCCAUCACCACCGAGGCGUUUCCCGACGAUAUCGAGCAAGACAGGAAUUGUGCCGGCCGUCUCACAUUGGCAGGUUGGGGUUUUGUGCCGACCAUGAGGGGGACACCAUAUAUUGGCGCUGCUGCUCCUCUCGGUCAUGGAGUCCAUCGAUAUGUAUACACCAUCAUCGCCCUCAACGAGCCUCUACAUUUCGACCGACCUGACAAGGUCACGAAGCGCCAAGUCAAGAAGGCAUUGACCGAUAAGGUAAUCGGCUGGGGACAAUGGACCGGACACUUUGAACGGCCUUGGCCUCGCUAA